CCCCUCUGUUUCAGGAAACACUUCACGAGACGCACUCAGCAUGUCGGUGGCUCUGCGCGCACAGCUGCUCCUCUUUCUGAUCUCCCUCUCAUCCAGGAUGGGGCUCAGUCGCUACAUUCAGGACAUCGAAUCUGCAGAUGGAUUAUAUUCUCUGCUCAAUUUGGACCAGAAAAGAGAAUCUGAGGAUUUUAUUUUCCGCCGACCUCUCAGAUGUUUGGACAUGCUGGCCACUGACGGCUCCUACACCUUCGUGGCGUCUCGGCCUCAGCUGGCCUGUGCUGCUUUUAUCCUCGCUGAGCCCAGUGAGGUCAUCAGCCUGGAGCUGUCUGACGUCAAUAUCGACUGCAGCGCCGGAGACUUCAUCAAGAUGUUUGAUGGCUGGGUCCUGAAGGGAGAGAAGUUCCCCAGCAAGCAGGACCACGAGCUGCCUCUCCACCAGCGCUACACAGACUAUUGCUCCUCCCCAGCAACAGGAGCCACCAGCCGCUCCUCUCAGAACGUCGCCAUGAUCUUCUUCCGCCUCCACAGCGCUGACAGUGGAUUCACCCUCGCUGUCAAAAAACUUCACAACCCCUUCCCCUGUAACAUCAUGUCUCAGAGUCCAGAGGGCAGCUUUACCAUGGUGUUGCCACACCAGCGCAGGAACUGCAGCUUCUCCAUUAUCUACCCUGUAGAGAUCCAACUGACAGAUCUUAGCCUGGGGAGCGCCAAAAGCAAUGAGCUCAGCCCAAAGAGGCAGUUGUUGUCGGGUUGUUCCGGGUCGGGAGACUAUGUGGAGCUGUUAGGGGGGAAUGGGGUGGACACCUCGCUGAUGUUCCCUGUAGCCGACCUCUGUUUCUCCCUCAGUGGGCUCGCCCAGAUGAAGAUUGGUUGUGAUAACUCGGUGGUGAGGCUGGUGUCAAGCGGGAACUAUAUCAACCGUGUUUCCUUCCAGUACAGACUACUGGAACAACGCGAACUCCCCAAGACCCAAGAGAACGCUCUGGAUAAUUUCUGCUCUGUGGAAUGAAAUCUCACACACACACACACACACACACACACACACACACACACACACACACACACACACACACACACACACACACACACACACACACACACACACACACACACACACACACACACACACACACACACACACACAUAAACACAGGCACAUACCUAUGAACACAAUCACACAGCCACCCAUCUAUCUGUAAAUACAACAGUUUGUUUAAUGCAGCCAAUAUAAACUUUGUAUUGUUUUUGCCAGUUGUUUUAUUUAGUUUCCUAAAAUAUAUUCGCUUUGAUCGUACAAUAUUUAUUUUAAGAGCGAUUUUCAUUGAUGUCAAAUUUAUGGAGGAAGAUGGAUUCACAGUUUACUUUUUAAUCCUAGAAAUUCUGUGAUACAUUAUAUUUUUUGGCAAGAUAAUUAUUGUAAACCUUCCCUCUUUUGUUUUCAGUUCAUAUCAGUUUCUGUAUUCUGGGAGGUUGUACAUCUCUGCUGUCUUUUCUGUUUAUAAUGCCUUGACAAUAUAAAAAUAAAUAUGACUUGCAUGAUAAAGCACA